AUGUCUACUAAAAGUAGUCAGUCAUCAGGAGAGUCAUCACCUCUCCUUCCCACCACUUUCCAACAACCCACACAGAUCUUCUCUUCAGAGGAAGAGUAUACCAAGGGAGAGGAGAAGAGUUCAAAGGGAGACUCUCCAUUUCUUGAAGAAAAUGAGUAUCUGGAAGAGAAUGAGUAUCUGGAGAAGAAUGAGUAUCUGGAGGAGGAAAAGUAUCCACAGGAAGAUGACUAUCUGGAGAAGGAAAAGCAUCGGAAAGGAAAGAAGGAUCUGAAUGAACAGGAGUCUCUGAAGGGGAAAAAGCAUCUACAGAAGGAAAAAAAUUAUUUGUAUGAAGAAGGCUUUCUAGAAAAGGCCUCAGUGCAUAACAAGAGUGCCUUCCUGAUCCAUAUAGCAGAUGUUCAAAGCCCAGCUGCUGCCGUCUCUCAGGCGAACAUCCUCCUCACCGCCACUCCUCCCACCUUUGAACCUGACAGCAAGUCUCCUCACUCUGCCAGGAAGACUUUUAUCGCCUUCAAUGAGGAUGUUAGAAGAUCUCGGCCCUCGCAAGACCAGGGCACGCAGACAGAGGGCGCCUAUGAGACUCACGGAUCAGAAGCUUACGAGGAUGCUGAGACAACAGAUACUGGCGCUCUCGUGAUAGGCAGCUUUACAGCUAGGCUAAGCAGUACGUCUCCAAGCCAUGUCUUCAGCAGCAGAUGCGAACAGCUUUUUAAGAGCUCCUAUCACACAGUAUUCAAGACCGUGCUCAAAAAACAGGCUGCUCACAGUGAACUGGAAGAGGAUACUGACAUUCCCCUGACUGGCCAACUGGAAAGUGAAACCAGAAGGAAACUGAGAAUUCUGUUGAAGACAAACAUUGAAAAGUACAAGGAAGUAAUUCACUGGAUUAUGGAGAAACGUGGAACCAUACUCAGAGAUUCAGAUAUGUUUACUCACACAUUUAAUUUAUUGAGCCAAACGGAGCCCACGACAGAAGGGAAAAAACCUCAUCGUAUUCGUCGUAAAAAGAAAUUAGAUACAGAAAUAGAUACAGAGUGGAUAAAGAGCAGCACUAAGGUGCGUCAAGAUGUUGUAAAAGUAAUCCUCUACCCCAAUGAGAAUAUCUUCCGAAUUCUCUUUCCUGAUGAAUCAGGCCAGAUAUAUUACCCAUCGGGAAACCUGGCUGUGAUCUCCUUCUGUACAGAAGAGAGCCAGUUCAUAUAUAUCAUUUUGGAAGACAGUGAAGAAGGGUGUGUUCGAGCCCUUAUCAACAACACUGGCCAUGCCACCAUCUAUGAUGAAUACAGAGAAAUCUGGUUGAGCCUGAGCCAAAACCUGGGCUACUACUUUGACAAAGACAAAACCCAGAAGGCCUGGAACUGGUGGAACCUGAACCUGCACGUCCACGCGCCCCCUGUCCGGGCUAUCUCCUUAAACAUCAACCAGUACAUCAAGAUACAAGUCAAGAGCCAAAAUGAGGUCAUCUUCCGCUUCGUCCACCAAACAAACCGCAUUUCCUUAAACCUGGGCACCAAGUACAAGUUCAUCAACCCGGAGAGGCUGAGUGAAAUGAAGGUGAAAGCAAUCCUAGAGGUGGACUUUGGUUCAACAGCUCGGAAGAUUCAGGUCCUUCUGGGCAAAAUGAGUAGGAUCCUGCAUUUCCUGACCAUCUGUGAUUUGGAAAACUUCAUAGAGAGCGCCACGAACUUGCUGCUGCACAGCAGUCGGAGGAGGAAGUUGUUUUAG